UGCAUUUCUUAUACGAUAGAUGGAAAAGAUAAAAAGUUAGCGUUCCUGGUUUUCAUAUAGCUCAGUGAACUUGCAUAUUCACAUUUCAUCAAAGUGGUAACACAAGCAGUUUUUUGGCUCAAAUUAAAAUCCAUUCUACGAAAAAAAGAUGACAAUCACGAGACACGAGAUCACGAGAUUGUAACAGUGUAACAAACAUUAAUUGUUGUAAAGUCUGAUACGGUAGUUUGUAGUUUUAUUUUGUGCGUGCAAACCUUUGCCAUGCAGCACCAUUUCUACUUUUCAUCUCAUGUAUUGCUUCUAUUCAAAGAAUGGCAAAUAGAUAAUUCAGGUAUUUUGUUCGCCGCCUGUGUUGGCGUAUUCGUGUUUACAUUCCUCUAUGGAAUUGCGAGUUUCUAUCAAGGACGCUUCGUCAAUAGCCAAGGAAAACGUUCAUCGGUCAUCCAAAACAAUCAAUCCCGCGAUGGUCAGAGGUAUGGUACUUUUAGUCGUGAUUGCGUUGCUGAGGUACCAUCCAGCGAGGAACCUGAGGUUACACUUCGUAUGCGCAUGGGAGUCGCACUGACGGCAAGAUACAUUUUGAGUAGUUUAUCAUUCCCGUUGUUAUUGGCCGCGAAUUAUUUUAUUAUGCUUGCGGUAAUGACCUAUAAUGCAUGGUUGUUGAUUGCUGUUUGUUUGGCAAGUGGUUUGACCUACUUUAUGCUGUAUCCAAAUCAGGACAUUCCUGUGUGCGCACCGCAAAAUGAUGGCACCCUAACGCCACUUAUGUCCAGUGAUGAAUCUCUGACAGUAAAACAACAUAACUGAAAGAGUGAAAGUACAGAUCACACAGUGGUUGUUUGAUAACUAUAGUUUGGAUACUGUGGAAGCACCACCAUACUAUUAUCAUGGAAAUGACACAGAUUAUACAAAAUGCAACUUAAAAGAGCUAAAGUUUAUUUUUAAAUCAUCAAGGUGAUUAUGUUCAUCAAUAUUGAAAAUUUUGGUACAAGUAACAAGUGCAUAAUGAAGUAUGGUAACAAUAUUAUCUAUCACAACUUAAUAAGUCUGCAUAAGUGACUUCAAAUCAAAGUUGUAUCAGUAUGAUCCAGACAUUUAUAUACAAAAACUAUAAUGUUAUACACUUAAUGUAUGCCUCCAAGGAAAAUAGUGAGUUUGUUUUCCACGAUAAAACGCACGAUUUACCAUACAGGAAAAAUACAUUAAGUGUUUUGUUAUUCAGAAGAAAAAAUAGAUAUAUUCAUACAGUAAUUCAACUUCAAGAACGUACUUUUCAUUUAGUAACAAAUUUAAACAAUCACGGAGCCUGCUAAAAUGUUCAUAAAAGUUUCUGGAAUUUUUCACUUGUAUUCCAAGCGGGAAACGUCGCAUUUAUCCCAAGACAUGUGACCACGAAUCGACCAAUCACAAUUAUUAUAAGCGCUAGCUAAUAAAUACGACCAUGGUCGUAUCAUGGUCGUAUUGGGCGGAAAAUGACGAAUACG